AUGAAGAUUUCAUCCAUUCUCCUCUCCGCCGCUGCCGUUGGCUCGGCUCUGGGUGAAACGAUUCAGCUCCCCGACCUUGCUGAUGGAAGCUACAUCAUCAGCAUCGACGGAGAGGGCAAGCCAACUUGGACCGACAUAACUGUCAACACCACUGACUCUGCUCCGGCCGCUAUUGCAAAGCGCGACGCUGCCAGCAACAGCUUCCGCGCCAACAAGCGGUACAACUGGCCUUCUGGAACCUACCCGUGGUGCCCCGGUGGGGACUGGUUCUUGGAGAACGACUUCUACCAGCACGGCUGGGACGCGUUCUACGCUCAGUGCAAGGCGAACGGCGAUCACAAGUUUCCGAAGAACACCGUCUUCGCGAAUUACCAGGGAACCUCCGUCUCGUACAUGUGCGCGUACACUGCGAACCCGUGCAACGUCAACGAGUGGGCUGAUGCUGUCGGCUGGGCGGCUUCCAUCUGCAAGGGCCGUAGCAAUGGUUGUAUGGAGCCUGGAUAUCUCCAUGUCCCUGGAUGGAACAAGAGAUACGGUUAUGCCAAGUCGGGAGCUUCAAUCUGCUAA